AAAUUUAAAAUAAAUGGAUGAAGAACUACUAUGGUGUCGAUUUCACUAUUUUGUCAUGUUUUUAUUCAGUGUAUAUUCCCUUAAUUUUUUUCAAGCUAUUUAUUUAGUGAUUUUAUGUGUUAGGGCGCGAGCGUUUUAUUGAGCAACAGGUAUACGGGCAACGAGUAUCGAUAGCAAAUGAAGCAAAAUAUCGUUUAGUCGUAGUUGAGAUUUCGUUUGAUUCGGUUGAGUCGCGCGUGUUUACACUUACUAGAUUUUCCAGCGGGAAAAAAUAAAUCGUAGUGUGAUACAAAAUACUCAUUGCCCUUUUGAAUUUGUUUAACAAUUAUAUACAAAGUGUGUGCGAAUUGGAUGAAGUGAAAACAACUCGCGACUAGAUAUUACCAAAACAACUAUCUUCGGCGCAGGUGCAACGCGUUUCUUCAGCGUGUUUUCUUAGAGGUACCAAAGCAAUAACAAGUUCAAGCAUAUCCAUAAUAUCGUCUUACAAAAAGUCUAGUGUGUGUGAGUGAGUGUUUGUGUGUAUGAUGCCGUGAUAGUGUGCGUGUUGCGCAGUUUUGAAAACGCGUUUGCGGUUUUUCUCGCUCCGAAAUGGAAAGUGCCAGCCUCUCACUGCUCCUGCGUUUGUUGUGAUACAGCCGAUCACAUUGAUCGAUUGUCGAUCAAUCUAAACACAAAUCGAAGCGCAAACAAAGAGGCAACGCUUGCUCAAUGCACGUUAGAUAAUGCGACGAUGAUGCUGCCAAAUGUACUCAAUGAAUGCCCAAUGACACAGAGAACACGUGAUACUAAUUAGCAAACUGCUGGACGAAACACUUCAUAAAUUAUAUACGAAUCAAAUAAAUAUAAAAAUAUUAAACUCGCAAUGGCAAAUAGAUAGUCGAGGCCGUGGGGAAAACAAGUUUAUUAUCGACGACAGCAACGUGAGAAGAAGAUGCCAAUAAUAACAGCGACAGCGACAACGACGACGACGUCGACGGCGGCGGCAGCGGCAGCGGGUGGUGGUGGUGCAGGGCCAGGCGCAGAGGCUAAAAGUGCUGCUUUGUUGGCUAAGGCAAUGCCAGUUAGCUCGACGGCGGCGCCAGCUUCGAGUGAUUACCUAAUGCACCAACACCAACAUCAACAACAGCAACAACAGCAGCAGCAGCAGCAGCAGCAUCAGUUCUACAGGCAUUACCAUCAACAGCAGCAACAGUUGGCGCCGGCGUCGGUUGUGCUAAAUGCUUCCCACCAGCAUUCACAUCUACAUUCACAUCCACAUCCUGUUGGCAGCUCAGCGGCGACGGCAGCGACAACGGUGGCAGCUGCUGCGGCAAUUGCGUCCAGCGUUGCAUCAACCAGUUUUGCAACAUUUAACGGAAACUCAAGUCUAAAUUCUAACCUUGCCAACGGAAGUAGUGGCCGGGCUAACCAUGCCAAGAAAUUCAAUUGCACCGAUUCCAGCGCCUCGGAUCUAGCUGCUAUUGUUGCUGCUGGCAACGGUGACAGCAACAGUUAUGCAAUGGCUGCCAUGCCCCAGCCGACAGCAGCAGCAGCAGCAGCAGCAGCAGCAACUGGCACAGCACUUGCUGGUCCACCUUUGGGUUUGCCGCCACCUGCUAUUAAGAAGUCUACGUCCGCAUCGCUGCAUGCUUCGAGGGAAGAUGUCACGUCGCUAGGUGGCACCUCCUCGCUGAACAGCCAAGUGUCUGGCCAUCAUCAGCAGUUCAUCGGCAAUGGCGCAGUCAAUGGCAACUCCACGAGCGGCCGCCCAGUCGGUCAUCCCAGCAGCAUACUGAAAGGCAGCAAAGAAAACCUUUUGCAAAGUCCGUACUACAAUGGCGAAGGCCGGGAGAGCAGCAUGGGCAGUGAAUGUGGCGCUGCAGACAUCAAUCAGGCGAGUCAUGAGGAUCCCGGCGAUGGCCUAGGACCCCUGCCGCCCAAGUGGGAGACUGCCUACACGGAACGCGGCGAACUGUACUUCAUAGACCACAAUACGGGCACCUCGCACUGGCUGGAUCCGCGUUUGUCCAAGUAUCAGAAAAAAUCGCUAGAAGAUUGCUGCGAGGAUGAGCUGCCUUAUGGCUGGGAGAAGAUUGAAGACUCCAUGUACGGCAUGUACUUUAUUGAUCAUGUCAAUCGACGCACUCAGUAUGAGAAUCCGGUGCUCGAGGCGAAGCGGCGUGCGGCUGAACAGCGUCAGCAGCAGCAGGAGCAACUGCAGCUACAACAGCAGCAGAAGCAGGAGCAGCAACAGCAGCAGCAGCAGCAGCAGCAACAACAGCCACCGCCGCCGCCGCAACAACGCUCAAAGACGCCAACGGCCGCGCAGGAGGCAGCAGCUGCCAGACAAACGCCGUUGCCCACGGUUCCAAUGCCAAUGGCAGCCAAACUGCCAUACAAGUUCACACGCAAUCCGGCCGAGCUGCAGGGCCAGCGCAUAAACACAACGCUGCUAAAGUCGACGCGCGGAUUGGGCUUUACGAUCGUUGGCAGCGACGGCAGCAAUGGCAGCGAUGUGGAGGAGUUUCUGCAGAUCAAGACCGUGGUGCCCAAUGGUCCGGCCUGGCUGGACGGGCAGCUGCAGACGGGCGAUGUGCUGGUCUAUGUGAACGAUACUUGUGUGCUGGGCUACACGCACCACGACAUGGUCAACAUCUUUCAGUCCAUACUGCCCGGCGAGACGGCAGCGCUGGAGGUGUGCCGGGGGUAUCCGCUGCCUUUCGAUCCCAAUGAUCCCAACACAGAGGUGGUGACCACCAUGGCCGUGGAUGUUAUGCCCUGCGAGGCAGAGAAGCAGCGUCGCUUAAACGUGGACCUCAACAUGGAUGGGAAUUACAAUUUUCUGGAUUUGUCUGGCGAAGGCGUUAGCAAAGCGGCUGGCAGUGGCUUCAUCUUAAUGAAAAAGCCGGAGCUUUACACAUUUUCCAUUAUGAAAGGCGCCUUAGGCUUUGGCUUUACCAUCGCCGAUUCGGCGUGCGGUCAAAUAGUGAAGAAGAUCCUCGACCGCAACUGCUGCACUCAGCUGCUCGAAGGCGAUGUGCUGCUCGAGAUAAACGGCAUCAAUGUGCGCAACAAGCCCCACUUCUAUGUGGUGGAGCUGCUCAAGGAGUGCAGUCAAACCACGCCCACCGCUCUCAAGAUACAGCGCACGCCGCCCGAACAAUCAGCCGCUAGCCAAGGCGUUGGUAGCGUGACCAAUCUGCGCAAGAACUUCGUCGGCGGCACAGGUGCCGGACUGUUUCGCAGUAAAACGCCCACUGCCGAUCUGUACAGCACUCAGCCCAAAGAGGUGCUGCCCAUGCGGCCGAAGACACCGUUGGUGGAUACGCGACGUGCUCGCGUCUUGACGCCAAAUAACGAAUUGCAGCAGGCGGAUGCGGGGUCGUCAGUUGAGAACAAGUCACUGCACUUGCAGGUGUCGGGCAAGUCGAAUAAUAGUCUGCAGGAGCUGGAUGAUAUACCCUUCAUGGAUCCCUAUCCCAAGAUGGUCAGUCGACUGAGCGAGCGCCUGGCCGAAGCCACCUUGCAAAGCGGCGUCGAUGUUGAUGUCGGCGAUGGCGGCAAUUACAAUCCCAUUUACGGCUUACCUCCCAGCAUGCAGCCGCUGCCACUGCCUCUGGGUCAUCACGAAUCCUGCUACUGCUACGAUUGCCAGGCGCAGCGCUACCAACGACCGCAGCAGCCAUCGCAGCUGGGCUACUACGUUCAGCAGCCGCCAGUUUCAACUGCCACCGGGCAGUAUUCGCCGUUGCAAGCGGCGCAUAUACAGAAUGAGCGCAUGCAGCGUCGCGUCAAUGAGUUGCUGAGCGACCGUCGGCGUGUUGGAUUUGCCAAUUUGGAUCCGCCACAACAGCAGUUGCAGCUGCAGCACUCGCCCAGCUGGCGCAAUGGUGCUUUGCUGGAUGCCUCGGAGGAUGCCGAGCAGUGUGAGCUCACCGAGGUAACGUUGGAACGUCAGGCGAUGGGCUUCGGCUUUCGCAUCGUCGGCGGCACAGAGGAGGGCUCACAGGUGACUGUUGGCCACAUAGUGCCUGGCGGGGCAGCGGAUAAUGACCACCGUAUCGCCACCGGCGAUGAGAUCCUCAGCAUCGAUGGCAUCAAUGUGCUAAACUCUUCGCACCACAAAGUCGUUUCGCUGGUGGGCGAAUCUGCCGUGCGUGGUCAGGUGACAAUGAUACUGCGUAGGCGACGAGCCGCGCUGCUGCAACAAGCACCGCUACAGCAGCUGCGACGCUAUCCAUACGAUGUGAUCGUCAGUCGUCAUGAGAACGAAGGCUUUGGCUUUGUCAUAAUCUCCUCAUCUAAUCAUUACUACGGCUCCACAAUUGGCAAACUAAUACCUGGAAGUCCGGCUGAUCGGUGCGGCGAGCUGAAAGUGGGCGACCGAAUUAUUGCUGUUAACCGCAUCGACAUUGCGGGCAUGUCGCAUGGCGAUGUCGUUAAUCUUAUAAAGGAAUCAGGAUUGCAUGUACGCCUUACCAUCGGCUGUCCGCUCAAAGAGGGCGGGCCCAGUCCAGGCGGUAGUAGCGCUGGAAUGGGCUCUAAUACCCCACUGCAGGCAUCACCCAGCUUACUUAAAGCUCCACAGCAACAACAGCAGCAACAACAACACCAACAACAGCAGCAGCAACAGCAUCAACAAUUGGAAAUGCCAGGACUAGGCCCCAUGCCUGGUAGCUAUCUAGAGCGUGCCAGCACAAACAUCGCAGCCACACUUGCCCUACAUCAGCAGCCACAGUUAUGACUCUGAGAUCUACGGAUUCGGCUCUACAAGAGCUUUCUUUAGCUAGUUUAAAUGUGCAUUUUACAAGUGCAGUGCCGUAGUUUUACUUAUAACUGCUAAGUAACCCCAAAGACUGAAUUUAGUAAGCAUAUGAAACAUUUCAAAUUUGCGAAUCUUCACGCGUUUCGCGAAGCUACAUAAAAUUGUCCUGAAAAUCGGUUUUCUUUUGUCUAUCCCUCUUAGUGACUUGCCUUAUAGCCUAGUUAGAUAUAUAAGUUAUUAAUGAAAUC